UAUUAUUAAUAUCCUAACUUAAUGGUAUCUUAGUUAUAGGAUGGUUACACCUGGUUGGCGGCAGGGAUGGAGCGAGGAAUUACGAAUUGCCACAAACUCCACACUAUCUACACUUAGUGAAUCCGACUAUGAGAGCUUCGUAGAUGUGUUGGCAUUUUGGGAGGUAUUCCGGCUGAUGCUUAAAGCGGAUGCCCUAAUGAGUAGCUGCGUUAAGGCAUUUGCUGGUACCCGAGCUUGCGGCACUAAAGCAGAUCAUGAAUUUGAUGCAUUAUUGGAACGGGGCAUUGCCAAGGGCAAGGUACUUUUUAAAGACGUAUAUCUGGUAUCGCAACUUCUUAACCACUAUGUUAACCCUCACCAACGUCUUAUGAGCCGCACUACUGCAAGUACCGAUUACGUUGAGCCGAUUACACUUGAUACGCAACAGUCACGUGACCUCAAUAAUGGACCUACAUUGGGAUCCCAGUACACUGACCAACUGAAGAAGCAAGAAAGUUCAAGUAAUGUGGCCAGGUCAACAGAGGAUAUUAGAUCAGAGUUUUGGGGAAGUACAGCUGACAGCGGUUCUAUUGCUAUAGAUAAGGCAUCAUCAGUUAAUUAUGAUUUGAAAAGUUGCAGCAAUAGCUUUGAUAAUUGGAACAUGUUUGCAAAGUUUCUCAGCACAAGUAACACAGCAUCCAAGCAAUUUAUGCUUCCGCUUUAUAGCAAAAUACCGUUCAUUUCUUUAGGAAAUUUUGUUGUAUUCUACCGUAUUAAUGAAGGUUCGUUUGGCAAAGUGCACGUUGGUUUCCACAAAUUGCACCGACGUACUUAUGCUUUAAAAGUAAUUAGCAAAACUCAAUUCAACUCUGACACUUCCUUGUUCCGUCGCUUAAAAGAUGAGAUGAGUUUGGUUACUGCAGUUGUGCAUCCGAAUGUUGUGAGGACUUUUGAGAUCAUAGAAACUGUGUCUACCUUGGUGAUAGCUAUGGAGUACUGCGAUGGCGGUGACAUGAUUGGGUUGAUAAAAGAUUAUUCCCCAAUGUCUGAAUCCAUGGCCCGUACUAUAUUUCGGAUGGUAGCCAAUGGUGUCAAUUAUCUACAUUCUUCCAACAUAUGCCAUCGUGAUAUUAAACCGGAAAACAUAUUCUUGAAGCGUAUUGUACGCAAAUCUAGCGGUUUAAUCUCCAACACAUCAGCUACUGCAACUUCACAGAUCAACGACCAGCCAAUUAAUUUACCAAAUGGGACUAUGGCUUACAUUCUGAAAAUAGGUGAUUUUGGAGCUGCUACACGCAUUCCCGAAGAUCGUCUGCUUUUAGAUACUGUAGGCACCAUGAGCUAUGCUGCACCAGAAGUUCUUGGUUGCGGCGGUGUUAUGGGUUAUUGCGGCAAGAGUGCAGACAUUUGGUCACUUGGUAUACUUCUGUAUGCGAUGUUAUUUGGGGAGCUUCCGUGGCACAAUGAGGAUAUAAAUCUACAGGACGCCGUGCAGCAAAUUUUGAACAAUCCUAUAAAAAUCCCUCUAGAUAUAAGUGCAUCUUUGACUCAUCUUCUAAGGCAUAUGUUACAGGUAAACCCUUCGAAACGUCCUAGUGUCAAGGAAGUGCUAGCUCAUCCUUGGUUGUCAGAGGUUGCAGAGGACCAUUUGAUAGUGAAGAAGAUAAAACCCACUUUCUCCAAACCUUCAUAAUGCGUUAAAAAAUUAUAUUUGCAUUAUAUU